AUGGAUAUCACACAAGAGCUGAAACAGGCGGACAAGAGUAGAAAGAAGGGUCCAUCCCCAAAGCUUAGGGGACACCCUCGCGAUGAUCCACGGGUACGUGUAUCCAAGAGCCUGAGCUGGCUACUACGACAUGGGGCAAAAAAUGCAGGAUUAGACAUGAGAGAUGACGGGUAUGCCAAAGUCUCGGAUGUGCUCUCGAAUCCUAUGUUCAGAGACAUCAACUUCUCUCAGCUGCAAGAGAUCGUUGACAAAGACCAAAAGCAACGAUUUCACCUUCUAGCAGAGCCUCGGUCAUCUGACUCUCCGUCUGACAUAUGGUGGAUUAGAGCAAAUCAGGGGCAUUCCUUGCAGACUGUCACGCUAGACAUGCAGCCUAUUACGUCUGCAUUAGAUGUGCCAAUGGCUGUUCAUGGCACGACACUUAGUGCCUGGGAGCUCAUAGCUACGCAAGGCCUAUCCAAAAUGAAGCGAAAUCACAUUCAUCUUGCCCAAGGCAUUCCGGGAGAUAAUGUCAUGAGCGGGAUGCGCAACUCCUCGCAAAUUUUGAUUUUCGUUGAUCUGCAGAAAGCCCUUGAUGCGGGUGUUCUGUUCUACUUGUCCGCCAAUGGCGUCGUCCUGACAGAGGGAAACGAAGGGUUCCUGUCACCAACGUAUUUCCAGCGGGUGGAGUUUGCCAAGGGGCGCUUGCCGGUACCAGGAUGGGAAGGUGCAGGACCAGUUGUACCGCGGGCACCACUAACUCAGUCCUCACUACCCGUCCAAGAUCUCCAAGUUACACAGUCAGAUCCAAGUACAAGCGAAUCUAUAUAG